UUGAUAGUUUGAGGCAACAAACACCAAAAUUAAACCACCCAAAAAUUUCAUCCAUGAUGAAACAUCUCCUUCUUCCCCUUGUUCUUCUCUUAGCCAUCUCCCUCCCUCUCAUCGCUGCCACUGGUGUUGCGAAUGCCACCCAACUAGUCUACGACACAGAUGGACAUGAAAUGAAUAGCUAUUCGUCGUACUACAUUCUCCCAGCAGAGAAGGGCGCCGCCGCCGCCGCCGCCGGCGGCGGCCUCAAACUGAAUUCGUUGACUGCCUUGGCGUCCUUCGUGAUCCAGGCACCAAGUGAGGCUGACCAUGGCUACCCUGUAAAAUUCUCGCCGCUUAAUGCAUCUUCUGAUGGGAUGACUCGUCUUUCAACCGACACCAAGAUCAUCUUCGCCAUCAUCACAACUCGCGUCGAAUCAUUGUAUUGGUAUGUGUCGUCGUCGUCGUCGUCGGGGCCGCGUCAACGUGUCGCCAUCCCGGAAUACCUCAAGAAACCACCUGGUGGAUUUGUGUUCCGCGUCGAGAGGCACGUCGCCGCCGCCGCCGGCGGCGCGGCGACGAAGGGGUACAAGCUGGUGUGGUGCGACGACGGGAAAAUGAAGCCCUGCAGAGAUCUCGGCCUGUAUGAAUCCGAGGGGAAGACAUGGCUAGCGACAGGCAGUGACUCCCCUUUCGUGGUCGUGUUCAAGAAGAGGGAACUUGGUGUCUAGUAUGCAUAGACGACAGUAUGUUUGUUCUGGUCGUCGUGCAUGCACUAAGAGCAAGGUCAAUAAUAGAGCCAUGUGAUUAAAGUUAAGCCAAGUAAUUAAA